CGAACCGAGCGGGCGUCGUGUGGAAGAGUGCGUGGAACAUGCAGCAGAAGCCUCGUCAUCGUCUGCAACCACCGACCGCUGGCUUCAUCGGCGUCGCAUGCUACAACAACCUGCCGACGCUGUCGUAGCGUAAAGUGAUUCGCUUGUGAAGCAGGGCGAAAGCCAUUUCUUUCGUCUGGCCAACAUUUACCUUCGAGCGGUGUGGCUUUUGUUCGUUCCGUUGUGGCGUGUGCGUUCUUUCAGUUUUUCGCCGGUGACAUGAUCGGGAAAAAGCGUGCGCAUAGUGAGUGACCUGGAAGUGACGACGGAUCAACUGUUGAACGUUGUGGAUGCUACGUCUUCGGAGUGACUCCCCGAGCGAGUCCCUCCGGCUUCUGAAGUAGCUGCCUCCGUUGCCGGUGUGACGACAGAGAGAAAGCGGCCGACUUCCUUCCGACACUUCCGUACAGCCGUCCAUCCAGCCGUGGUGCGCACAGCUUGGGACCGGGCGAACUCGAGCAGCAUCGCUACCAACCUCCACCCGAGUCGUUCGAUCAGCAAGACCCACUCUUCCCUUCAACGCCGGAGCCCGCACCACUACCACCGGAACAACGCCCUUCUGCUCCGGAGAACGGCACAGGAAACGACGACCCGUUCCCGCUGCUACAGCAAGGCCUCCUCGAGCAGGUUCCCGAACCCCCGCGCGAUUACACGGAGACAAGCCAGUCCUCGUGGUCCAGCAGCAUGUGGGACCUGAACGGAGGCGACGAACGCCGCUACUCGGUGCCGCCGUCCACGCUCUCCGAGCCGGCCACCGCCAGGACGUACAAGACCUCUGAGGACCUGCACGCGUGGAGCAUCUACAGGCAGAACCUCAACUCCGACUUCACCGACUCGGCGCUCGGGACGUCCGAGAAGUCGCAGCCACCGUUCGGCAACUUCCAGCUGCGCGAAUCCACCGUGCACACCAUCCUGAACCACCCUAAGUAUGGCCCGAAGGAGCGCAGCUCUGAGCUUGGCGUCAACGUCAACACAUACCUCAGGUUUGGCCUACCGCGAGUGCUGCCUCCCCACCCAAGCUCGUGUCUGGGCAUCAGCGAGCGACCUUCGGGCGUGGUCACCACGCAGCCGAUGCAGGGCCGCGAGAACUCGAGCGGCUACGACUCGAGCGACGACGACCAUAACCAGCUGAACGGCCGGUUAGCCAACCCGAAGAGGGCCCGCAGUGACCCAGACUUCCGCAGCCACGACCUGGUGAGCACCGAGCCGUCGGGCGUGGCCUCGGCGAUAGCGGCGUACGAGAAGCACCGCAAGCACAACCACCGGCUCAAGGCGAACAGUGAGGCGGACCUUAUAGCGGGCGAGGACGAACGCCGCUGGGACGUCAUACCCAGGCCCAGCACAGCGUCCACCACGGCUGCUGCCGCGCCACCGGGAUCUACACACAAGGGUCCUCCGAGCCGCGCCGACUCGCGUAUGGCGGGAGACCGUCGCAGCGUUGCCGGCUCCCACGUCUCCAUGGGCUCCAGGGCGACCUCACAGAAGCAGGGGCUCAUCCGGUCCUCGCUGUUCCCGCGUGACUCGCUCUACUCCAGCCUCCCCGGCGGCGAGACGGACGUGUCACUGGUCAAGCAUCCGCACUUGCAGGUUCGAGACUUGACUUUUGAACUGGACCGCUCCAGCCUGGGUCAGCGGCUGUGCGGUGGACCCCGCACCAAGUUGCUUCUGCUCGAGGGCCUGUCAUUUGAAGUCCGUGGUGGAGAGAUCCUCGCAAUCAUAGCCACGUCUGAGCAAGAGGGUUCGGCCCUGCUGGACAUUCUGGCCAACCGGCACCCAAAGUGGGGCAGCCGGCUGCGCGGCGACAUCAUGUUCAACGGACUGUUCAUGCCACCAGCGAGGCUAGAACACUGCGUUGCCUACGUCGCUCGCAACUGGCACCUGUGGCCAGACAUGAGCGUGCGGCAGUGGAUGCUUUUCACCUCGCUGCUCCAGGAGCCGGGAGGACCGGGCCGGGAUACCAAGGCCAGGAUCAACGCUCUGCUUGAAGAUCUCGGCCUCGGCCAACUGAAGCACACACGAAUCCGAGACCUCACCGAAUCCGAAGCCAGGCGGCUAAAUGUUGCCUCUCAACUACUACUUGACACGGAUGUGGUACUGCUGGAUCAGCCAAUCUCUGGCAUGGACAUCCUCGACAGCUUCUUCCUCAUUGACUACCUCAGACAAUGGGCUGCCAGGGGUCGCAUCGUCGUCAUGACCAUUCACCCGCCCACCUACGAGAUCUUCACCAUGAUGACAAGAGUGGCCAUCGUAUCGACAGGGCGCAUGGUGUAUCACGGCAAACGACGCGAACUACUUCCGUACUUCUCCUGCAUCGACUUUCCCUGUCCAGCCUUCAAGAACCCCUCCGAUUACUACCUCGACCUGGUGACGCUGGACAAUCUCUCUCCCGAGGCGAUGCUGGAGUCCAGCCAGCGAGUCGAGAACCUGGUCGAGGUGUUUCGGCGCAGGCAGGUGGCACUCUCCGACCCGGGUCCCCCGGGUAAUGCUCCCAUGGACGUCUACAGGGCAGGAUUCUUUGGACAGAUGCUAGCCCUUUGGAUACGGGCACUGAUCUACACCUUCCCAUACAACGUGGUGCACUUCUUUCGACGUCUAUUCCUCGCCGCCUCCAUCUCCGUGCUUGUUGGGGCCAUCUUCUGGAACGUGAGGGCAGGGCUCGACCAGGAGCACGUCUUGGAUCGGCUUGGCUUUCAUUACACGCUCCUCGGUCUCUGUCUCUGGCCGCUCCUGCUCGGCGAUGUCACCGACGUCUGGCGAGAAAAGUCGUACGUCUCAAGGGAUAUCAAUGAAAGGUUGUACAACGGCAUUGCGUACAUCAUAUCAAAGCUCAUGUACAGCCUACCAACAGCCGCAGCCAUCGCGGCAGCGUACGUGUUUCCUGCUUACUCAAUGACGGGUCUGCCUCAGCGUGAAGAGACGCGGAACUUUGGUCCUUACAUGGGCUACACGCUCCUAUACCUGCUGACUGUACGGGCCGUUGCCAUGACCUCGGCGUGGACGUUCCCAACGCGGCAACGUGCAGCCGCUUUCCUGGGCCUAGUGGUUCUGGUGUUCUGCAUGAGUGGCGGCUACGCAGUCCACCUCAUGGACCUGUCGUUGGUCACAUCGUGGCUCCAGUGGGUAUCGCCGCUGCGUUGGACGCUCGAGCAGCUUGCCAUGGUCGAGUUUGCCGGUGGGACGACGCCCAUGUAUGACUGUCCACGCGGCCCGGUGGUCCUUCAGGAGAACGGUAUCCAGGUCAAAGCGAUAUGCGGCAUCGUGACGGACAAUCACGCCCUGGCUUUGUUCGGCUUGCACCGCGAGUGGCCCGCCGCACAGCCCAUCCUGGUCGUGCUCGCCGUUCAUGCUGUGUUCGUCAUCGCAUCGAUCGUCUAUAUCGCGUUGAAGAUGAGGGGCCCUGGCGCUUCACCAGAUGCCGACAAAACGCGGUGAAGCGGGGUGACGAUGCAAGAAAACCCUCCUAAAAAACUGGUUUGCUAAUGAAUGCGUGGGUAGUUGAUCCCAGUGCUGCGACUGAAUGUGCUUUCUCUCUGGACGGUGUGGCAUCUCAGUGCAGCGUUUUUCGAAACCUUGAGAGGGGAGCUAGCACCAUGUACUUGGUCAGGUCUGGUUUACCAAGUAAAGUCUGGCCAUUGCAGCUGGCAGAAGAAAAGAGUGAAGUGGCAGCUAGUUUCAGCAACUGGCUGGAACCAAAAAAUAAAUGUAACCAGAAUUUUACGAGCAGCUCAGAAUAGUGGCCUUCACAAGUGGCUCUUGUGCAACAAGUUUCAUACAGCUGCCUUUGCCACCAGCCUUCUCUACAUCAGCUGUCCUUCCAAAAUGCAAUAACAAGCUACUACACUGGACUGUACAACUACACAAGCAGCACUACUUGUUCCAGCUGUGCUAUAGUGCUCUCCAAUCUUCAAUGUGUUCAUCAGCUCACAAGUCUUCUAUGCAGCUGAACACUGUUGCAGUGAACGUGUUUUUCUGCGAAGCAAUGGCCCACGUUUCUGAAGCGCUCGAUCCUUCAGACUUACAGUUUGUCGCGAGACGCCUCAACUUGUGCUGCAAAGUUCACGUUCUGAAACGGCGCAUGUUGCAUUUCUUCUACCUCUACUGGAUCCCCUCUUCAACGCGCAGAAGAAUUCUGCUGCUUGUGGCCAUUGCCUCAUU